CACACACACACACACACACACACACACACACACACAAGGCAGCAAAGCUUGCAGAUCAUCCAAUCAUCUUCUCACACGGCCUCAUACAGAUCUACAGGGACAUCGAGCACCAGAAAAUAGAGAUUACAUUUAUUUUAAAACACCAGGGGUACCAUGGUUCGAACAUUGAACAAUAUGGCGGAGCUGAGAACUUCUGGGUUUGGUCGUCCCUGGCCGAGGCACGGACUCAAGCUCCUUUUCUGGUUCGCCAAAGAUUACAUCGUCUUCAACGAUGACAACCAGAUGGUUGCAAAUUCCGACCCCAAAGAGGGAGGCUUUGGUUUCCAUCACUUCGAGAACAGACUUCAGUGUGAAAACAACAUCUGCAAGAAGCUGCUUCCUGAUGAUGGCUACACAUUCUAUGAGGUGGGCAACCUCCACCUCCCAGCAUCUAAAUCCAUGCCUGAGUAUGUCAGGAAGGGUUACACUGGUCACAAAGAUACCAGCAACAUGGACCGCCUCAUCAUCAGUAUGCGUCCAGACAGGAUAGUGGAUAAGGUCUAUGUGACCCAGCACGAGGACCUGAAGAACUUCGCCCCACUCAACACAUAUUGCAUCAGCAGGGAGUUUCUCAUGACCAUACGUGGCCAUCCAUUGAGUAACUUCCUGGAACAGGCGGGCUAUUCCACCCAUGGCAUCGCCCCCAGGGAGUCUGGGGAUACCAGGAUUGAUAUGGAAGGUGGAUCCAGAGCUCCACCCAGAGCUGCACCCAGAGCUACACCCAGAGCUGCACCCAGAGCUGCACCAGGCUUCUGGGAAAGCUACUGUACCAUACUGUAACCAGGCUUCUGGGAAAGCUACU